AAUGGAAGUGAAAGAGAAUGAAAAGAUUCAUUAAAUUAUACUGAUUCUUCUACGAACUAAACAGGACGAGUUCAAAUCGGAGUAUGUGAGCUGUGCAGAGAUCGAGUUGAGUUUGAUGCUUUAGCUAAUCUGACUGAAACAUCUGGUCCUUUGGUGCUCCGUCACACUUCACACCUUCAUUGAAGCCACUCCCACAACAAUUAACCAAUAAAUACUGUGAAUAUUCCUGUCAGACCAGCAGGAAGAACUGAAAUCUGUGUGAUAUAAUAUGGUGAAGAUGGAGUUUGUUAAAGAAGAGAAAGAAGACAUGAGUUAUCUAGAGCCAUACGACAUAAAACAUGAAGAUACUGAGGAACAAAUAGAUCUGAUUGAAGUGAAAGAGGAGAGUCAAGAACUGAAUGAAGAGGAGGAGAAACAUCAUGACUUCAAAAUAGAAGAAAUCGAUUUUAGCUGCUCACAGACGGAAAUUCAUUUCUCACUAGAGACAACUCAAAAUACAGAAGCUGAAACCUGUUUCAUCUGCUCUGAGUGUGGAAAGACUUUCAAACGUAAAGACACCCUUAAGAUGCAUUUAAGGAUUCACACUGGAGAGAAACCUUUCACAUGUCAACAGUGUGGAAAGUGUUUCAAAUCUAAAUCUGAUCUUAACAGACACGUGAUAAUUCACACUGGAGAAAAACCUUACACCUGCCCUCAGUGUGAAAAGAGUUUCAAAAGUAAAAUUACCCUUCAGAAGCAUGUAAAAAUUCACACCGGAGAGAAACCCUUCACAUGCCAUCAGUGUGGAAAGAAUUUCACACGUAAAGACAAUCUAAAGAAGCAUUUAAGAAUUCACACUGGAGAGAAACCUCAUACCUGUCAGCAGUGUGGAAAGAGUUUCAAAUCCAAAUCAGAUCUUAAUAGACAUGUGAUAAUUCACACGGGAGAGAAACCUCACAUCUGCCCUCAGUGUGGAAAGAGUUUCAAAAAUAAAAUCACCCUUAAGAAGCACUUAAGAAUUCACUCCGGAGAGAAACCCUUCACAUGCCCUCAGUGUGGAAAGAGUUUCUUUGAUAAAACGUAUCUCAAAUAUCAUAUUCGCCUUCACUCAAGUGAAAAGCCAUUUAACUGCGAUCAGUGCGGUAAACAUUUUUCAACAAUGUCUCUUCUAAAAACACACCUGAAAAUUCAUACAAAUGUGAGGCCUCAUGUGUGUUCUGUUUGUGCUAAUAGUUUUAUACGACUGGAACAUUUGAAAGAUCAUCAGAAAAUACACGCUGGUGUUAGAGAUCAUGUAUGCUCUCAUUGUGAGAAGAGGUUCACUACAGCCAGCCAAUUGAAAAUGCACAUCAGAAUUCACACUGGAGAGAAACCUUACAAGUGCCAUGAGUGUGGAAAGAGUUUCGCAUUUACAAGUAAUCUUAAGAAGCACUUGAGAAUUCACAUGUCAGCAGUGUGGAAAGAUCUUCAGAUUUCAAUCAUAAAUUAAUAGACACUGAGAAUUCACACUGGAGAGAAGCCAGAAACAUCUCUCAAAUCCCAUAAUCCUUCCUCAUGAUGACAUCUAUUUUAUGGAGUGCACCAGUCCCUCCUGCAGCCAAGCAGCCCAACAACAUAAUGCUGUUGCCCCAUGCUUCACGGUUGGGAUGGUGUUCUUCGACUUGCAAGCCUCACCCUCAUUGGGGGGGGGGGCAACUCCCAAUGCACUCUAAAUUCUUGUGGUGGCGUAGUGACUCGCCUCAAUCUGGGUUGCGGAGGAUGAAUCUGUUGCGUCUGAGACCAUCAAUCCGCACAUCUUAUCACGUGGCUUGUUGAGCACGUUACCACGGAGACGUAGCAUGUGUGGAGGCUUUAUGCUAUUCUCUGCGGCAUCAACGCCAACUCACCACGUGCCCCACCUAGAGCAAGAACCACACAUUAUAGCGACCACGAGGAUAUUACCCCAUGUGACUCUACCCUCCCAAGCAACCGGGCCACUUUGGUUGCUUGGGAGACCUGGCUGGAGUCACUCAGCACGCCCUGCAUUCGAACUCGCGGCUCCAGGGGUGGAAGUCUUCAUCAAUACUCACUGAGGUACCCAGGCCCACCAAGCCUAACCCUCAUUCCUCCAAGCAUCACGAUGGUUAUUAUGGCCAAACAGAUACAUUUUUUCUUUCAUUAGACCAGAUGACAUUUCUCCAAAAAGUAAGAUCUUUGUACCCAUGUGCACUUGCAAACUGUAGUCUGGAUUUUUUUUAUGGUGGUUUUAGAGCAGUGGCAUCUUCCUUGAUGAGCAGACUUUCAGGUUAUGUCGAUAUAGAUACUUGUCUACCUGUUUCCUCCAGCAUCUUCACAAGGUCCUUUGCUGUUGUUCUGGGAUUGAUUUGUACUUUUUGCAACAAACUACAUUCAUCUUUAGGAGACAGAAUGUGUCACCUUCCUGAGCGGUAUGAUGGCUGUGUGGUCCCAUGGUGUUUAUACUUGCAUACUAUUGUGUGUACAGAUGAACAUGGUACCUUCAGGCAUUUGGAAAUUUCUCCAAAGUGGAGAAGUGUAUGUAAACAACUGACUUCAACUGUACAGUUAAGACCAGAAUGAACAUGUUUCUGUACAAAGGGCAUGCAUGAACGUGUUGUACAGACAAAAUGUCGGCCAGAGGAGAGGAGGAGGGCUAAUGGUGCGUUCAGACCAGAGGCGUUGAGAGCGUCAAAUCGACCAGAAGUCAUUCAUUUUCUAUGGCAGCCAGCAUCUCUCUGGGGCGAGAAGUGGCAUGUCCGUGGCCAGCAUGUCUUGGGCAUUGUGGGUAUCAAAAGAAAGUUCAAGUAUGGGCAACAUUAUGAUAAUGAGCUUUGACGCGGUUCGGCAGGAACCUAUUGGAAUAUAGAAGUGCUCCACUCUAGCGAAGUCUAGAGAAUACAACAGUGAAAAUUUUUGUUCCCACCAAACAAUAGUUCCAAAGACAAAAUGGAGGGCCUUGGAGAAUCUCAUGAACUCAGAGCAUUCUCUGAUGUCUUCUCCACAGGUUAAAACAGAGCAACAGCAAAUGCAACAACCUCUCGAUGAUCCAUAGAGACGUGAAUUUGAUAAUAAGUGCAACACUAUUCAUAGGAAACAUUUUCCCUCUAAAACACUUGUUUUUAAGCAGUAAUGCUGAUUUGGCCCAUUGCACUAAACAACCAGGACCACAGUUAUUAUUACAAAUGUAUUUUAUUUUGUUUAUUUUGGUAACAAACAACCAUCAUUUAAAUUACUUUAUGCCAUCGAUCGAUUUCUUACUUUCACAUUUAAACGAUUUCAUGAGGAUAUACGCUACUUGUGAUAGGUCGGCAAAAAGAUACCGGACGACAGGUUUGGGUAUUUUGCGGCCCCUUUAAAUAUAGUUCACAAAACCAAGCAUCCGAACAAACGUUGCCGCCUAUUUCAACUACGUCAGAGCGUCCACGAAUCUUCGAUAGCGUUGUUGGCAGGGCAGCCAGAGCGAAUUUGUAUGCUCUCGCCUCCUCUGGUCUGAACGCACGGUAACAGCAGAGAGAGAAAAUGGUUGGCAGAGUUGGAUUUAUAACCCAGCUGCAGGAGAUGGCAGGUCAAGAAGAUAAAUAUGAGACUGUUUGACUGUACAAGUAUUAUAUAAGAAAAACAUGAUUAAGUUAGACCAACUUUAUAUACAUGUAAUAUAUAUUAUAUAUAGAAGUAAACAAGAGAUAUAUUAUCAUGGAUGGAGGGCAGGCGGUGUGUCAUGGACAGAAGCGGAGGAAAACUCAUCGCCGUCGACAGAAGCAAAGCGAAGACUAUUUAAAGAGACUUUUGGAGGCGGACUUGAAGUUACAAAUAACAUCACCAACUGGGCAUUUUACAGAUAGACGGGUCGUCUAUAAAAGACUGAUGCUAUGAUUUUCACAUCAGAUACUGUUCGAACAGUAUCUCUGGUGCUAGAAGACUUGCAGAAGUAUAAAAAUCUAAAAAGUUUUUCAAUCAAUGUUUUUAUUUUGUAUUUACCUUGAACUUUUUGACUGCUAGAAAAUAAAUUGCAACUAUUAAAUUGAAUUUUAUUGAUUACAAGAAAUUUGCCCACCGAGGCUUUGAUUUUUUUUAUGUUAUGAGAUUGUGAGCAAGAACAUACCACAAAGCAGUUUUUUUUCCAGUUGUGUUUUUUUUUUUUUUUUAAAUGCUUAUAAUUUAGGCCAGAUUCGACUGACUUUACCUAACCUGAGAAUAAUAAAAAAUAAUGUAAAAGGUGUUAAGAUACAGUAUGUGAGCAGUAUCGAUGCUUUAGCUAUUCUGGCCAGUUUUGGACAGAACAUAAGUGAUUUUAUAUUAUUUAAUUUGUUUAUCAUUUGCUGUUUCCUAUAAAGUGAAUGGCUGCCAGUGCUCUAUAACAGCAAGGAGUGAAUGAAAAUGAGUGAGUGAAUUUGGAUGCUGACAUAUCACCUAGUGUUGGAGAGAGUGAUGGAGCUGUCACAGGAACAACUUCAUAAUAUACGUACAUUUAUAUUACA